AUGUUGUUCAUUCUCGGCGCCCAGAAAAGCAUCUUCAACCCCUUCUUGCUUCUUGCCUCCGUCGUCUUUGCUCAAGAAACCAUCACAGCAGACCCGUGCUCGACCGCAAGAUCAGUCGACAGCUCCUGUGUAGCAAAAUACGGCGUAAAUCGCAGCAACCCCGGGCUCGACGUGAGCGUUGCUUCUCCGACAUACCACGAUGUGGACCUCGUUCGGUGUUUCUGCUGCCUCGGCGAAGCUCCCAUGACACCAGUCUGGUCCUCCUGCGCAGCGCAGAUCGGGACGAAGACGGCGAUGAGCUCGGAGAAAGAGUUGUUUAACAGCAUAUUCACUGGCUGCGCCGGCUUCGAGGCGUGUCGUGUGGAAACGGCCACGCCCGCGGCUUGUAAUGUGAUCAGCAGCCGGGUUGCGAGCUGCUCCAAGUUCGCUUUGACGCAGGGCACAGCUAGGAUACCGGCCGACGAGAGAUACUCGCGAAUGGAGGACUGCGUAUGCCCCGGUUCAUCUCCGUAUGAGUUCAACGAUGCGCUAAAUGCGUGCCAUGACUGGGCUAUACUCCACAAACCAGAACUCGUUACCGACCUUUCAGCAUUCCUCCCGUUCGCAUGCUACGACGAACCAACAACGACAUUCUCUGCCACCGCCACAAGCACGGCUCUGUGGACGACAGAGGAAACCGGCACCUCUUCCUUCGCCUCGACGACAGCGGCUUCGACUCCAGUGUCUUCGGCCGGAUCGGCGAUCCCGUCAAACACCGCUCCUAAAGAUCGAACAAGCACCAUGGCCCCCUCCAGAGUACCAGCCGCCACCCUUGACGAUGUUCCCGAUAUCGCAGACACCUGCAAGCUCAUCGUAGCCAGAUACAGCACCAUCGUUGCCCACCAACGCCACGGCGGCCCGCACGCAGUAACGCGAGAAGUCGAGAAGUCCAUCGACUGGGCCAUCAACGAAACGGCAAACACCAUCCCCAGAAUCGAAAGCGUCAUCCGCACGAUCCAGGCCGGCGCCGACCGCCGACGCCAAAAGCUGCCCGACAUUUCAUACGUCCUGUGGACCCGGUCCCUCCAGAACGCGAAGAAGGACCCCCUGGGACCCGAGUCCCGAGUCCCGGACGAGGUGCUGAUCGAGGACAUACCGCGUCUCGCUGACCGUUUCAGGGCUGUUGCGGUGCGAUUCGAGGAGCUUGAGAGGGACCCGUAUGUCCGCGGCGAUGAUAUCCUGAAGAGUUACGACCGCGUCAAUGUGGUUCUGAUGGAGUGCCAGCGGGUGAAGAAGUACCUCACGGAGGCCCUGGACGAUGUCCUCUUUGCGCUGACGGGAAAGGAUUCAGAGAUGGAAGAGUCUCUGAGCGAUUCGUGCUCCAGUGAGGAAUCUAACGGGAGUCAAGACGCGGAUGAUACUGCCGAGAAGCCUGAGGCAAAAGACGACUUGGUAGAAAACGGAACGGUAAAAAGGCCAGUGUUUGGCGAAGUUUCCUCGCGCGGUACGGACGGGAUUCAAGAAGACAAUGAAUCACUAUGA